AUGGACAUUGUAGGAGAUAUCAUUGAGCAUGAGACGGAGGCCCCACAAGUGGCACCAGUACUCAGUGACAAGGAGCAGAGCAGCCACCAGGCCCUGCGGACCUUGUGGCUGAGUGAUUCCAAGACCUUGAGUCCCUUGCUUUCCAAUAUAAAAAAGACUCUUGAGAAAAACCCCCAACUCGUCCAAAGUCUAUUUCGAGAGAGAACAACAGAGAAACAUGAUAUGGAGGACACUCUAGAGUAUCCUCCAGAGGAUUUUAUGGAAGAUCCUCCAGUAACAGAAGUUACAUUUGAGAGUAUUUCUGAUCUCAGAUUCGAUUUUAAAGGAGAUAUUACGCAAAACCAGAAAGCAUCACUUGGACUUCACCACCAUCAGGAAGACCCACAUAUGGCAGGGUAUACCUUGGUUGAGUUAGCGCGAUUGUCGAGAUCAGUGAUUCCCAGUCAGAGGUGUAUAAGUAUACAGACUCUAGGAAGGAUCUUGCAUAACCUUGGGAAGCACAAGUUUACAGUUUGUGAUGAUGAGAAGCAGAGGGAGUUUGAGAAAAUGGUGUGGGAUUUAGUAGGUGAGUUACGGAUAGAGGAGAGUUUGAUGGAGGCAGCAAGCGAAAAGACAAGAAAUGUGUCUGUACGAAACUAUGCUGUGGAGGCAUUGCGACACUAUCGACACUAUCAACACUAUCGAACGAAGCGAGAUAGUGGAGAAACAACAGCUCCCGACACUAUCGACACUAUCGAGCGAAGCGAGAUAGUGUAG